AUGGAUGAUUUGAUGUGCCUCCUUUCUGGUCCCUUCCACGUCUCCCAUAAUCAAAUCCCUCAUCCCACAACCUUGACAAUUGAGCAGAGGAAAGAUAUCACUCCAGCUAUCUUAGGUAACUCUGAGCCGCAUAAAUUCAUUCACCUCCAUUUCAAAUACGCAGGACAUGCAAAAUCCAAACAUAUCAUCAUGCACCAAUACAUAGAUUAUGCCACCCACAAUUGGUAUCGUCAAGCUGACAUUGAUAAAUUAAAUAUGUUCCGAAUUGCUGCCUGCGCAAUGCACUUUGGUGUCGAUAUCUACAAGGGAGAGCGGCGUUAUAGAUAUCUCACGAAGGCGGAGAGAGCGGAAUGGUUCCCAGGACUUCAGGAGUUUGCUGGUGAGGUUCGUGAGAAUGCAGUCCAAGCAGAGGAAGAACUCGAAAAAGAAGCCCAAGAAGAAGCCCAAGAAGAAGCCGAAGAAGAAGCCGAAGACGAAGAUGAACCCGAUGAAGCCAAUGAAGCCAAUGAAGCCAAUGAAGAAAGUUAUGAAACCGAUUCUCAGAAUGAGGGAAAUGAAAAUUAUGGUGUGGGAUAUACUGCUACUGAGCGACGUGAUUCCGACACCCAGGCCCUCACCCAAUCGCUCCAGAUGCUUCGCACUACAGCAGACCCUGUUUCCCAAGAAGGAUGGGCAUAG